UCUAUUUCCGAAAGCCCAAGUUUCUGUUUAUGUUCUUUCCUAAUCGCGAGCUCAGAGUACUCGAGAAUAGCUCUCGAUUUUGUACAAACAUAUAAGAUAACUAUAGCCCAACGUCCAAUAGACAAAAAUAUGGCCCGAUUUUAGUGAACAGUGGACAAAUUUAGUCCAGAUUUUGAGUUGAUCAAUAAACAAUAACGUUAAUUUUUUUUUUGCUGAUCAUUCAAAAUUUAGAUGCUCAAAUAUCACUAAAAGAAUUUUACAAUCGUAAUAAAAUUUUUCGGGCAGUCUGACAAAUCAGCGACAUGAUUUAGCUCUUUAUGAAUAAUACUCUCACUAGAUCUAAUAUGACCUUCAUCGUUUGGAUUUGGUGGAUUGCACGAAAGCAUGGCUCAUGUGAUCCUCUUUCAAAUCGACUAUCGAGCAUCAAAAUUGCCAUCCCCUUUACCAAACCACUUUCUCGCGCUCCUGGGUCUUCCAUUUUUCCAUGCUAGCUUCGCUUUGGAGGAAGAGUUAAUCGCAUUGCUAGAGAGUGUUCGUAUAGGCAUGAGGCUUCUCUCGACUUAACUCGAGAUUUUCAAUCAUGGUUCAACGAGCUGAACUUUUAAAACCACUCGAAUUUCUGAAAAGAUCUCUCUAAAUCUCGCAAGAACUUUCUGAAACCUAGUGGAGUAAAACUCUUCCUUUAAUAGGUGACAGACGAGUAUUAUUCCCCGGUGCUACUCGAGAGUGAGUGCAUUGCGAUAAUAAUGUUAUACAUUAUUUUUGAAUUAUAGGUAUAAUGUUCCCAAAAUUUAGCCACCUAAUCUGCCCUAAAAGCUUCAAUUUCCCAAGUUAAUUCAUGGUUUCUUGUUGGCAUCACAUGGGACAUGGGAAUGAAUGGAGCUUCACAUGACAUGAAAGCUAUUGAAGGCGAUCAUGGUCUGAUGAAUCCAUUUGUAUUGGGCUGUUUUGUUUUUUCCUCUACAACUUCGGCAAUCUUAUAAAAAUGAACAUCAAAUUAUAAUAUUCAUACGGUGGAAGUUUGUCUAGUUAUGGAAAAUUGAUAGUUGGUUAUAAUAAUGGAAAAUAAACAAGAACAAACAAAUAAAUAAAAACAAAACAUAACCACCUCACUAGUCACAUACAUUGUUCUAUAUAAAAAAAAAAGUUAUUGUCUUUAGGUGAGUAAAAAGGGUAGAAUAUAGAUAGGUGCAAAACCAAUUACUUCAUCGUUCGACCAACCUUUCAAUACAACGGUUUUUGGUUUGAAAAUUGAAUCAGAGCUAGAUAUGAAGAUUGAUUUGAUUGAGAAGGUUGUUUUAGGUCGUAGAGCGUGUCAUGAAUCAUGCACGACGGAGCAACAACUUUGGAAAAACAAUGUAGAUUGUGCAUUUCUACCACUCAAACAGGUGCUUGCAUAAUGUCAUCGUCCGAUAUAUGAUGAGUCGGUGCAAACAACAAAUUUGUGAGUUGGUUUCGUUUGAAAAGUGCAUAUAAAUAAUGAUACAAGAUUCAUAAUUAAUCUUCUCCGAACAACUCAAGCGCUCUUUCAAAUCCAAAUCCAACUCAAAAUAUCCAAAAGGUGAAUCGAACCCGAUCCCAAAGAACUAGAGAUCUACUCCCAACUUUCCCCAUCUUCUUAAAUCGAGGCCAACUGGCCAAGUGGUAAUCAUGAUUGAAACCCACCACCAAAGUUUGGGUUAAACCAUUGAAGUUGAUUGAUCAUACCAUAUAAACAAAACUUAAAGGUACAUUUUGUUUGGUGCAAGUUGGGUGGACUUUGCUUUGUUUUCCUUUUUAACGUGUAGUAACUCGUCUUUUAAGUUCUAGGUCAUGGAAAGAAGUGUUUGGUAAGGUUAGAAAGCAACAAUCGUAGAGGUAGUUUGGAAGUUGCGAUUGUUUUGUUGAGAUUGUCAUUAUGCAUGUAUUGUUUACAAUGCAUCGUUUUUUGUUUUUUGUUUUUUUAGCAGAAACAAUACAUGGAUUGUUUCUAUGAUGUGACAGAAACUAUCACUCAUUUUGAGUGAUUGUUAUAUCUCAACUUUUAGUUGUGAUUGUUGAGAUAGUUGAGUUGAGAUUGUUUUGUCCCAGCUUUUAGCUUAUGCGACAUACACAAUCACACAUACCAAACGUUGUAUUCUACAAUGCAUCAAAUUCGACAAUACAUGUAUAAUAUUAUACAUGCAUUCUCAACAAUACAUCUAUUUAACAAUCGCAACUUCCAAACCACUCCAAAGUAUCACAACAUCCCAACAACCAUAAUAGAGAUUGAUUGUUGUCACAAAAACAAACACAGCCUUAAUCCUAGUCAGAUUAGUUGGAAGAAAGAAAGAAAAAAAAAAAUCAAUCAUGCUCCUCAGUUGCUUUUUUUUAUUUGCCGACUACUUAGCGUGUUCUACAUUCUAUAUCUUCUUCCUCCUCUUUCCCUUUCACUCUCUCUCUCUCUUUCCGUCUCUGUCGCCGAGGAAGCCAUCAGCCAUGGCUUCCCUCUUCAGAGACCUCUCCUUAGGCCAAUCAUGGAGGGAGUCCACUCCUUCUCCGCCACCGCAGAAGCUCCGAAUCCAGCCCCCGCCACCGGUAAUGUCCGCCAGGCCAGUCGCCGCCGAUCUCGACUGCCCGCUCGGCCAGCUCGCCUCCCAGCUCACCGACUCCGACCUCCGCUCCGCCGCCUACGAGAUCUUCCUCGCCUUAACCCGCACUUCCUCCGCCAAACCCCUCUCCACCGCCGCCGCCGACUCACCUAAUCACCACCAUUUGCCUCACUCCCCGAGCUCCAGCUCCAAUUCAAACUCCAACUCGUCUCCCUCGCUCCAGCGCUCGCUCACUUCCGCCGCCGCCAGCAAGAUGAAGAAGGCGCUCGGAUUGAAAUCCCCAGGCUCCGGCUCCAGGAAGAGCCCCGGGUCCGGGUCUGGGUUGGGUCAGGGCAAGUCGAGGAAGCCAUUGACGGUCGGCGAGCUGAUGAGGAUUCAAAUGCGGGUGUCGGAGGCCGACGAUUCCAGGAUUCGGAAAGCUCUGCUGCGGAUUUCCGCUGGUCAGGUCGGCCGGCGAAUCGAGACGGUGGUGCUGCCGCUGGAGCUUCUGCAGCAGCUGAAAUCGUCGGAUUUUACCGAUCAUCAAGAAUUCGAGUCAUGGCAGAAGAGGACUCUCAAAGUUCUCGAGCUCGGAUUGCUAGCACACCCUAGAGUUCCGCUCGACAAGUCGAACCCUACCUCACAGCGGCUGCGGCAAAUCAUCAAUUCGGCUCUGAACAAGCAGAUGGAAACCGGGCGGAACAACGAGUCAAUGCAGAUUCUUCGCAGCGCGGUGACCUCUCUCGCUAGUAGACUUGACGGAUCAUCGGUUUCCGACGUUGCACAUUGGGCUGAUGGGAUUCCGUUGAACCUUCGCCUGUACGAAAUGCUGUUGGAAGCUUGCUUCGAUGUGCAGGAUGAAACUUCCAUCAUUGAUGAAGUGGACGAGCUUAUGGAGUUUAUAAAGAAGACUUGGACUGUGCUUGGGAUUAAUCAAAUGCUCCACAACUUGUGCUUUACGUGGGUUUUGUUUCAUCGGUUUGUCGCUACUGGCCAAGUGGAAGCGGAUUUGUUAGAUGCUGCUGAUGGGCAGCUGCUGGAAGUUGCCAAAGAUGCCAAGACGACAAAGGAUGUGGAGUAUUCCAAAGUCUUGAGCUCCACUUUGACUGCGAUCAUGGGUUGGGCUGAGAAGAGGCUGCUUGCUUAUCACGACACUUUCGACAGCCGGAAUUCGGAGACCAUGCAGAGCAUUGUUUCUCUGGGAGUUGCUGCUGCGAAGAUUUUGGUCGAGGAUAUAUCGAAUGAGUACCGGCGAAGGAGGAAGAACGAGGUUGAUGUUGGUCGUAGUAGGAUCGAUACUUACAUCAGGUCGUCCCUCCGUACUGCGUUUGCUCAGAGAAUGGAGAAGUCCGACUCAAGCAGGCGAGCAACCAAGAACCAACCGAAUCCACUUCCCGUCCUCGCUAUCCUUGCCAAAGAUGUUGGUGAGCUAGCGGUUAAGGAAAAGCGAGUGUUCAGUCCAAUACUCAAGAGAUGGCACCCAUUUUCAGCAGGGUUGGCUGUAGCGACACUGCAUGCUUGCUAUGGAAAUGAGUUGAAACAAUUCAUUUCUGGGAUAACGGAACUGACACCAGAUGCCGUACAAGUACUGAGGGCGGCAGAUAAGUUGGAGCAGGAUCUGGUGCAGAUUGCUGUCGAAGAUUCUGUGGACAGUGAUGAUGGUGGGAAAGCCAUCAUUCGUGAGAUGCCUCCGUACGAGGCUGAUGCUGCGAUUGCCAACUUGGUGAAAGGAUGGAUCAAGUCGAGACUCGACAGAUUGAAGGAAUGGAUCGACAGAAGCUUACAACAAGAGGUCUGGAGCCCACAGGCAAGCCAAGAAGGAUUUGCUCCAUCAGGUGUAGAAGUGUUACGUGUGAUCGACGAAACACUAGACGCAUAUUUCCAGCUCCCGAUACCAAUGCAUCCAGCUUUGCUUCCCGACUUGAUGACAGGGCUCGAUAGAUGCCUUCAGUACUACGCAACCAAGGCCAAAUCUGGCUGUGGAACCCGGAACUCUUACCUCCCAACCAUGCCGGCGCUAACCAGAUGCGAAACUGGAUCCAAGUUCCAGUGGAAGAAGAAAGACAAGACGUCAUCAACAACUACAAACGGUCAAAAGAGGUCAAACUCCCAGGUCGCAACGACAACAAAUGGUGUCCCCACCACCUCUGGGACAGCUCAGCUAUGCGUACGUAUCAACACACUCCACCGAAUUCGAUCAGAGCUGGACACCGUCGAGAAGCGAAUCAUAACCCACCUCCGGAACUCGGAGUCAGCCGAAGCACACGACUUCUCAAACGGGCUGGCCAAGAAGUUUGAGCUCGCGCCCUCCGCCUGUGUUGAAGGAGUCCAGCAGCUCAGCGAGUCACUCGGCUACAAAAUCGUGUUCCACGACCUGAGUCACAUCUUAUUCGACGGGUUAUACGUAGGAGAGCCAUCGACCUCAAGAAUCGAGCCUUGCCUUGAGGAGCUAGAGCGAAACCUCACGAUCAUCUCGGAUAUUGUCAACGAGAGGGUUCGUACACGAGUCAUCGCCGACGUAAUGAGGGCCUCGUGUGAUGGGUUCUUGCUCGUGUUGCUCGCCGGUGGGCCCUCUCGCGGUUUCACUCGUCAGGACUCCUCAAUCAUCGAAGAGGACUUCAAGUCCCUGAAGGAUCUGUUUUGGGCCAAUGGAGAUGGCCUACCUGCCGAGUUGGUAGACAAGUUUGCAGCCACAGUGAGAGGCGUUCUGCCAUUGUUCAGGACUGAUACGGAGAGCUUGAUUGAGAGGUUUAGACGGGAGACUCUGGAGGCGUAUGGAUCUGCUGCGAGAUCGAGGCUUCCUCUUCCUCCGACGUCGGGGCAGUGGGAUCCGACCGAACCAAACACGAUUCUUCGCGUGUUGUGUUAUCGGAACGAUGAUGCUGCGUCGAAGUUUCUUAAAAAGACCUAUAACUUGCCGAAGAAGCUUUAGUUAACCAUCGUCGGAAGGUAAAUCGAGAAACCUCCAAAUGAUCUUCAGCUUCAGGUGGGGUUCUUGGAAAUAUGCUCACUGAAGGUCUUGUACAGAACAGAGUCGGUCGAUUCGAGGAAGAAAGGAGUGAGUUGAUCUUCUGUUGUUUACUGCCUGCAAAUUCUGCUUUCCAUUUUCCCCGUCUUACUGCCUUUGAGUGAGCUGAUUUUUUUCUGGGUUCCGGCGGCCUGCUGCCGGCGGCCUGCUGCCGGCGGCAUAGCAUUAUAGUUUGUAUUGUAAUUAUAUAUACUAAAUAUAUAUAUCAUUCUUUA